AUGUCCGAAGACCUACCAUUGACGAUGCCAACCGAGACAUCGCGGUCCUUACAAACGCCUAUGACGUCGAGAAAGGGCAUACUCCGCGCGACGGUCGACGUCCCCGCCGCACGCGCUGAUUCGAGCGCGCGGCGGGGUCCGAGCCGGUGGAGAACGCCGGAGUUCUAUGUUUAUUAUGUGGUGUUUGCGGCGGCGGUGCCGUGGAUGGUGUGGGUGCCUUUGCGGCUGAGCUCUACUGAACACGCGAACUACCACUGGUUCGCGCCCAGACUCGCCCGCAGCUGGCUCGGGCUCAAGUUCGACAACAGCGAUGUGCAAUACCGCUCCUUCCGCUCGAACAUCCCCGCCCUUCUCGCCUUCGCCUCGGCCUUCUUCGCCCUCAAACACCUCUACCUCCGCCUCGCCCGGCCCUCGCCCUCCCUCUCCAAAAGCAACACGCACCUCCUGCCCUUCUACCUCGCCUUCAGCCUCACCAUGCUCCUCGCGCUCCACGGCACGAGCGCUUUAAAGAUCCUCCUGAUCUUAUCCGGCAACUACGCCAUCUCGACCCUGGGGAAGGGCAAGCGAUGGGUGCCGGGCGCGACGUGGGUGUACAAUAUGGCCGUGCUGUUUGCGAACGAGCGGUAUGGGGGGUACCGGUACGCCGCGCUGCACUCAGAGCUGGGAUUCCUGGACAGCUUCUCGGGCGCGUAUCCGCGGUGGCAUGUUACGUUCAAUAUCACCAUGCUUCGGCUCGUUUCGUUCAACAUGGACAGCUAUUGGGCGCAUCGACGGACUGGGUUGCCUGAUUCAGGUGCAGCGUUGAAUCCGAAACAGCGUACGACCACCUACCACGGACUUGAGGCGUACUCCUUCGCCAACUACCUCGCAUACGCUCUGUACCCCCCACUAUACAUCGCCGGACCGAUCAUGACGUUCAACGACUGGUUCUGGCAGCUCCAACGCCCGCUCCCGAUCUCCUGGCCCGCAACCCUCCGCUACACCCUCCGCUUCCUCUUGACCCUCACCCUGAUGGAAACCCUAAUCCACACCCUCUACGUCGUCGCCAUCAAAGACGCCCACGCCUGGAACGCCGACACACCUCCGGAGCUCGCGAUGCUAGGAUUCUGGAAUCUCAUCGUCGUAUGGCUGAAGCUGCUGCUGCCGUGGCGGUUCUUCCGGGCGUGGGCGAUGGGCGACGGGGUGGACGCGCCGGAGAAUAUGGUGCGGUGCAUGGCUGAUAAUUAUUCGGCGCUGGGGUUCUGGAGGGCGUGGCAUCGGUCGUACAAUCUUUGGAUCGUUCGGUACAUAUACGUGCCUCUAGGAGGAGGACUGCGCGCGUACGCCCUCGUAUUCACGUUCGUCGCGCUCUGGCACGACCUCAGCAUGCGUCUGCUCGCGUGGGGCUGGCUCGCGACGCUCGUGCUCGUGCCCGAAGUCACAGCGCGCAAGAUAUUCCCAGCCACAAAGUACGGCUCCGAGCCCUGGUACCGCCCGCUCAGCGCCCUCGGCGGCGUGGCAAACAUCCUCCUGCUCAUGAGCGCGAACCUGGUCGGCUUUGUGCUCGGCGUCGACGGGUUCGCGUAUCUUUCGACACAAAUUGCUUCGACGUGGGAGGGGUGGGCGUUCAUGGGGAUGGCGUGUGCGGGGCUGUUUGUGGGCGUUAUGGUUAUGUUUGAGUAUAGGGAGGAAGAGGCGCGGCAGGGGAUCGAUCGGAAGUGCUAG